AAUUUGAUCGAUCCGCCCUCAAUUGGCUGGAAAUUCACGACCGCCAGCACCAUCGGUUGCGUUGUCUUUGUCGUUACCAUCGGAUUGAGAUUAUACACUAGGUGGUUCCUUCUGCGAGCUGUAUCCUACGACGACUGUAGAUAUCUCNNCAUCCUUGCCCUUAUUGCUUGGUUCGUCUGUUUUGCCGUCUUCACUCUGGAUGUUCGAUACGGCAUGGGUAAGCAUAUCUGGGAUGUCACACUCGCGGAUUACUCGCCGCAUUUUCUUCUGAUGUGGACCAUGUCGGCUGUUGUCUACAUCACCGCCAUGCUUGCCAUCAAGUUCUCGAUUCUCAUGAUGUACAGACGGUUGUUUCCAAUCCAGAAUUUUCGCUGGCGGUGGUGGGUGGUGACACUGUUCACUUUUGGAUAUUCGAUUGGCGGCAUCCUCGCAACUGUAUUCUCUUGCACCCCGAUUCAUGCGGCAUGGGAUAUCACCGUCUCUGAUCGCCGUUGUAUCAACACUGGAGCAUUCUACAUUGCCAAUGGCGUCCUAAAUUCGAUCAGCGAUCUAAUGAUUCUGUUCCUCGCGUUACCAAUCGUUUGGGGACUGGCGCUUAGAAAAAGAGACAAAAUCACCCUAUGCGCUCUUUUUGGACUCGGCGGUGUCUCGUGUAUCAUAAGCAUCGUUCGUCUGAAGGUGCUGAUCGUUUACCUGAGAAACAACACAAGCGAUCCUACGUACUAUCUUGGUGACGUCGGAGUUUGGACG